AUGACUGAACAAGUCCGAUUCGUCACUUUGGACGUCUUCACGUCACAGCCGUAUGCUGGCAAUCCGCUCGCCGUCGUCUUCCUUCCAGACUCAAACAAGCCGGCUCUGACACAACAGCAGAAGCAAUCAAUCGCGCGCGAGUUCAACUUGUCAGAGACUAUCUUUGUCCAUGCCGACAAGGGGGAGAGACGCACUAUCGACAUCUUCACCACCGACAGCGAACUUCCAUUCGCAGGCCAUCCUACCAUAGGAGCUGCCUCCUGGUUUCUAUAUCUUUCUCAGGAUGAGGGCGACAAGGAAGCCGUCAAAACUCUGACCACCAAGUCAGGGGAUAUCCCCAUCUCGCUGCAAUCGGGACAGCCAUCGCCUGCAGUAACCGCUAGAAUCGCACAUAAUACGCGGCUGCACCAGUCCAGAUUUCCGCUCCAGCAACUGAUCCGAUUGCACCCUUCCUUGUCUGGCUUUUUCGGUACAACCGGUACCGUGGAACCAGCUUUCCCCAUCUUCUCUAUCGUCAAUGGGAUGAGCCAGGUCCAUGUCGAGCUACCCUCCCUCGAGGCACUCGCUGCCGUCACUACGGCCACGGGAGGUGAGGUUAUCUCUGCGGGCUCUGGCUAUCUGGAUGAAGGUUGGGAUGCAGGUCUCUGUGUGGUGUACUUCUACGUCCGCAAUGUCAAGGACCCGCAGACUGGUGCAAAUACCAUUCGGACCAGGGCGAUUCUCGGAAACCUAGAAGAUCCAGCAACAGGAAGUGCGGCCAGCGGUCUGGCCGCUUAUCUGUCUUUGAUGGACGGAAAACCUGGUCAGUAUAAGUAUAACAUUGUGCAAGGAGUGGAGAUCGGUAGACGCAGUGAGAUUGGGGUAGAGGUCGUGGUCAACCAGGAUAGGAAGAUCGACACUGUUGAGCUUCAGGGAGGCGCUGUCAAGAUAUCCGAGGGAAGCAUCCUACUUCCUCCGAAAUGA